CAAACAGCGCAGUUGCAAGGUCAAAGCCGAACUUUCAUGCGCAAACACAGACAGCAAAGACAGUGCUGCAUCUCUUCUGCAACUCUUCAUCUCAUUAUUCCACUCCACAAACAUCAAACAGAGCAAUACCAUACACAAGGAUGUUCUCUCAGAUCGUUGACCAAGUUCCACCAAUGAAAUCUGAAAUGAUCGAUAUGAGCGCCCUCAGCGAAGACUGCAGCAUGAGCAAGUCUAGCAGUCGUCGCUCGAUCAAGGAAAUCGUGUUUGGCCGCCGGAAGACUCGAGCUCGUCGUUCGACCUCUUUUCCUGAAACACUGAAGAAGUCUUAUCAGAUGCAAAUCGAUGAAGAAAUUGCAACUUUGAAGAAAGAUCUGCAAGAGCUAACAUCACUCCAUGGUCCUCUUGCUGAAUUCCAACAACCUGAUGACUCUGAUCGAACACGCACAAACAUGUCCGCUUCUUGGACAGCCUUCCGACUCCGAAGAUGGUCAAGUUCCUCGGCUUCCUUGACACCCACAGUGUAAGCGUUUUCUUCCAGGGUCUUUAGAAAGCACUGGGAUGCACCAGGGCACCAGCAGCUGCACCAGCCAACUCACCAAUGGACCUAUCGAGAAUUUUGCUCCCUCUCGCUCAACUCCUCCUUCCGACAUCUUUCUUCCGAGCUAAUGGGUAUCAUGUACCACCACAACUCCAUGCACAGAUACUACUAAAUUAUGUAAACUAUCCUAUAAACCGAAAACUCAACUGAUUUCCCUUGUUUCAGCCUGUACUAUGCACCUGCUUGAGCGCACUAUUUGCAGUCCAAUCGGCUUCCUUUUUCUCGCACCCCGCGAGGACACCUAGCUAGCUAUGCAUAGCUAGCUGGUACGUGGGUGAGCUAGACAACGUCGUAGACACGGACGGUUCCGACAUCGCUCAGAAUCCCAUCAAAGGUAGAGAAUGGAGCACCUCCGGCAACCCGGGUGCCAUUCGAGUUUAAGGCAACUGACCAACCAAACAGGUC